UGGAGGGAGACAGAGGAAAAGUUAGUCAAGAUGGCAAAUCCCACAUACACGGAGUGAAGGGGCACCGCUCCCCUCCGAAAAAAGCUUAGCCUGUCGCCGUCCUGAAACAAAUCCAACGAUGCAAACUGCUCCUGCAGGUCUAAGAGGGAUUCCCUGAAGAAAAAUGCCACUAAGGCUGAAGCUGAUGUGACACAGCCUGAGCCGUAAGAAAGCUGACUCAUCAAAUAUCAAUCCCUCUGAGAUCGACUAAGCAGCCAAAAGCAGCUCAGAUCACCCUAAUGCCUAGCUAGAAGAGCACCUCACUCCCCCUCACUCUCACUAAAGGAGAUUUAUCAGACAGGAGAAGGUGGCUGGAAACCCAUCCAGCAGGAAUACAUCCAACAGCUGCUGCAGGCUAAACACUUUUUUUUAAGCUGGUGUCCCACUGUCCCAGCUAAUAAUGACAACACUAAGAAUGGUAUUGCAGUGCUUCAGCUGAUCUUCACUGACUGACCUCCCUGACAAGUUCUCCAGAGAAAUCCUCUACUGCCGUUACCCCCUGUUAAGUUUUUCCUAAGCCAUCAGGUGGAAGUUGGGGACAGCUCACCGAGUCAGCCAGGCCCACUGCAGUCAGUCCACCUUCAUCCUGCCUUGCAGACCAUGAUGUUUCGUGAUCAGGUGGGCGUGCUAGCCAGCUGGUUCAAGGGAUGGAAUGAGUGCGAGCAGACUGUGGCUUUGCUCUCCCUGCUGAAGAGGGUGAGCCGAACCCAGGCCCGCUUCCUGCAGCUCUGCUUGGAGCACUCUCUUGCUGAGUGCACUGAGCUGCAGGUCUUGGAAGGAGAAGCCAACAAUCCAGUUAUUAUCAGCCAGUGGCAAGGUGAGCCUAAGGAGCGCGUUAUCUCACUGGUCCUCACACAUCUCCCGCUGCUCAAACCUGGCAACACCGAAGCCAAGAGUGAGUACAUGCGUUUGCUGCCACGCAUCCUGGCCCACACCAUCGAGCACGGCCAUCACCUGGAGGAGUCUCGCCAGCUCCUGUCUUAUGCCCUCAUCCACCCUGCCACCUCUCUGGAAGACCGUGCUGCUCUGGCACAGUGGCUUAACCACCUGGAGGAGAGGGCUGCUGCACGGGGAGACUCACUAGAAAGGCCUCCUCCUGCUGGACCGCACUAUCACCACCAUCACCAAUCCACACCUCCAUCCACCAUCACCUCUUCAGGAUCCUCGUCUUCCACAAACACAUCUUCAUCUGGGAAUCUUUACGCCCUGCAUCACCACCAGCGUUAUGGUUCAGAUGAUCGUCUCAAUGGAUGGCAGAGCUCCCGGGAUUCAGGAAUGGGUGGAGGCUGGCACCAGCAGCAGGGCUGUGAGAAUGGGCACCUUCCUCUCUACCCAUCAUCAUCUGUGCCGGCAACCAUCAACACAAUUGGAACCGGUGGGGGAGGUAACACCAUCCUGACAAGUGGAGGAGGCAGUCAGCAACACAGUCCCCUAAAGCGUUCAGUGUCCCUCACCCCUCCUAUGAACGGCCCCAGCAACCAGCCUUUAGGCCACGUCUGGCUGUCCCAGGAGGACCUCCGGACUGCCAGAGGCCCAGCCCCGGAUCAUGCACCUCUCUCACCCCAGAGCAGCAUCGCCUCCUCAGGCAGCGGAGGCAGUGAACAUCUGGAGGAUGCUGGUUUAGGAGGUGGUUCAGGUCUGCAUCGCAGUUCCUUCCAUGAGGAGGGGAGUGGGAUGAGGGAUGUUCCUGCAUGGCUGAAGAGUCUUCGUCUUCAUAAGUACGCCGCUCUCUUCUCCACAAUGACCUACGAUGAGAUGAUGGCGCUGACUGAAGAGCAACUGGAGGCACAGAAAGUCACUAAAGGAGCAAGACACAAGAUUGUCAUCAGCAUUCAGAAGCUCAAAGAGAGGCAGAAUCUUCUGCGCAGCCUGGAAAAGGAUGUGUUGGAGGGCAGCAAUCUUCGAAGUCCACUGCAGGAGCUCCACCAGAUGAUCAUGACUCCUAUCAAGGCUUUCAGUGGCGGUGAAGAGUCCUCUCUGCAGCGCCCCCUGCUGAGUCCAGAGGGCAAGAGCGCCGCGCCUGGCUCCCACCUUACAGGGGGGAGUGGAGGGGAGGCUGAGUCAAGCUCAAGUGUCAUCUCUGAGGGGGAUCUGCCUGGUCAGUUCACCCGCGUCAUGGGCAAAGUUUGUACUCAGCUACUGGUUUCCCGGUCCGAUGAGGAUAACAUCAGCUCCUAUCUGCAGCUCAUCGACAAAUGCCUUAUCCAUGAGUCCUUCACUGAGACGCAGAAAAAGAGGCUGUUGUCAUGGAAACAACAGGUCCAGAGGCUGUUCCGGUCCAUUCCAAGGAAAACCCUCCUUGACAUUGCAGGGUACAGACCACAGAGGAGCCGUUUUGGUCAGUCCAAUUCUCUCCCCACCACUGGGUGUGUUGGAGGCAGUGUGUCGGCCAGGAGGACCCACCACCAGUUCCAGAUGCCCUCCAGGAGCUUGCCGGGUGCCAGGCUGGGGCUGCUGGGCAGUGGGGGGCUGCUAGGAACUACGCCUCGCAGCUCUAGCAGUACACCAACAGGUCCCAAGCAGGGAAGACAUGGUCCGUGGUUUGCCAACCCCGGAGGAAGCAACAGCAUGCCCAGUCGGACCCACAGCUCCGUACAGAGGACCCGUUCCCUGCCAGUUCACACGACACCACAGACCAUGGUCAUGUUCCAACAAGCAGAUCUUCAGUUACCAGUAACGGAGCCGGAUAUAAACAAUCGCCUCGAGUCUCUGUGUCUCAGUAUGACAGAACACGCCUUGGGAGAUGGCGCUGACCGCACAUCUACGAUAUGAUGUGAGGACAUGAGUGAGAGGAGCAGGAUGCCGCGGCUUCUUGAGGCUCUCACAAUAAGUCACCUGAAGGUCCUCCCGUCCUCCUCCCUGCAGCCGUUGGUAGAGCUCAACCAAAGGACAAGGCGAGAUCCAAGAAACACAAGCAGGCCGAUCAUCACAUCUCGUUGGCACCUUUCAUCGGGUUGGAAAAACACACUUUCUGCUCCGCCAGCAUGUUCGCUGUCAUCUGCGUCCGAGUGUGGAUAGAGAAAAGCAUCGAAGACGGAUGGAUAGAGGGGGACCAGCGCCGCCAUCCUCCCUGAGAAGGCAGGAACUAGCCCCCUGGAUCAGGGCUCAGUGAGACUGAGGGCCCUUCCAACACCACCUGGCCCCUGCUCUUCCCCUGCAGCUUGUGACAUCUUUCACAUUGAUAGCGUUACCUCAGACCCCAAGAAAACACGAGAAGCAGAGCCACAAGGAUUCAGAAGGAUGUUUGGGAUUUCCUGGACUGAUUUCGGUGUCGACCGAGUGUCCAGCACUGAAGUUUAGAAGCUCAAGUGGGCCUCUCGCUCAGUAAUGGGUGGCAAAUGAAACAAACAACAAAAAAAAAAUCAUUUAUAUGUCUUGUAUGUAUUUAUUGUUUACAUAAUGAUGCUACUUUCAGAGGGUACAGAAACAUUAUUUCAGGUAUGUGUAAUAUUUUGUAAAACCUUGGCUGUAUGCAAGAUUUAUGUCCCACAAGUAGCUAUCACACUAGUUUACAACUAAUGUGCUUAUUCUUUAUUUUUAGCAGCCAACAAGAAAAGAGUAGAUUUAAGGUUUAGCUAAG